CCCCCCAACCACCUCGCCUCUGAUUGGCUCCGCGAUGUCUCAGGACCCUGUGGGUGACGCUAUCGACUGGCCCAGGCAGCCGUCCGUCAGCUGGGAAAGUAAUAUGCCCAAACUGUGGGGGUUUGUAGACUUGGGCUCAGAGAGCAACACUUUGGAGGAGCCUCCCUGCGCGCGCUUGUGAGCUCCCGAGUCCGGAAAAAACCCCGAAACCAUCGCUAAUUGCUACGAUUGCUGUUAUUGUUUUUUCCCCUUCCUUGCUGCUUAAAUUGCAAAAAAGCAAAACGAGGCAAAGCCUGUGAAAAUGGAGUGGAAUUCCCUGCUGAUGCUCCUGGAAGCUGCGGAAUACUUGGAAAGGCGAGACAGAGAAGCGGAGCACGGCUACGCCUCGGCGCUGCCUUUCGACAGCGGCUACGCCAGGAGGAAAAGCAAGGCCGGGAAGCCCCAGAGCAGCCGGUCUUCACAUAAUGAACUAGAAAAGCAUAGGCGAGCUAAACUACGACUAUAUUUAGAAGAGUUAAAACAACUUGUCCCUUUGGGAGCAGAUAGUACUAGACACACCACACUCAGUCUGCUGAAAAGAGCCAAGAUGCAUAUUAAGAAAUUGGAAGAACAAGACCGGAAAGCUCUAAAUAUUAAAGAACAGUUACAGCGAGAACAUCGAUACCUCAAGCGUAGAUUGGAACAGCUCUCCAUGCAGGGCCUGGAACGAAUUCGCACAGACAGCCUGGGAUCAACAAUAUCUACAGAUUCUGAGCAAGAAGUAGAUAUCGAAGGAAUGGAAUUCCCACCAGCUGAAAUGGACAGUAGCAGAAGUCCCAGCGAUGCGGAAGACAGUUUGCAAGGGAGCUCGAGCGACAGCGGCUACGCACAUUCGCACAGACUCAAUGCCAGGCUUCUGUAGCGUCGAAGGGCACCGCUCAACUCAGGACGUUCUGACUAAAGCACUUACACAAAAUAUGCCGGACUGCCAUUCUUCCAGAAAGCCUCAGACCACAAGCAUCUGAAAGGAGGUUCCGUGCCCAGGGUUCGCCGAACUACGAUUGGUAUAUUCAAUAAAUUGCAAAUCAUGUUUUUUUUUUUCUACAAAAUGUGAUUAGAUGCAGUUGUGGCUUAAAGUCCUUUAUUGUAGCCAUUGUACACACUGUUAGUUCUGGGGUGUGUGUGUGUGUGUGCUUUUUAAAAAUAAUUUUUAAAGGGGAUUUCCCCCCAAAUGUUAAAAUACAAAGUGGGCAUAGCAAGUAACUACACGUGCAGAUGGAGAUUUUCUGUUGGCCGCUCAAAAAUGGGGUUGUCUCUAGCAAUAGGAACUUCUGUAGCCCAAACAGCAUGUUAAAGGCUCGUCCCCAGUUCUGCUUGCCACUACAGUCUUUCUCAGGAAAACCUGCUUUUUUACCGCUGAAUCAGAUUGGGAUUUCCCUGAAUUAAAAGUGGGUUUUCCAGGGGAAAGUGGCAUGACAAAGGCAAAACUGCUCGAACCAUUUCUAUGCAUAAAUAGGUCAAAUGGAAGCAUGGACUUAACCCUAAAUCUCUCUCUGCUCAUGGUUUUCUUGGGAUCACCCCCAAGUUAUUUGGAUUCUCACUGUUGCGGACCAAGGAUUGAAAGGUUAGGGGGUAGGAUAAUACUUUUUAAAAGUACAUUAUCAUUUUACAAAAAAAAACAACCAACUUCUUUGGUUAACAAAUAUUCCUA